UCCCCCCCGGCGGGCCCGGGGGGCGCCGCCGCCGCCCCCCCCCCACGCUGGCGCAGAGGCCCGGGCCCGGGCCCGCCUCGCCGCUGAGGAUGUCCCGGAAGGCGCCGCGGGCGGAGGUGUGCGCCGACUGCAGCGCCCCAGACCCCGGCUGGGCCUCCAUCAACCGCGGGGUGCUCAUCUGCGACGAGUGCUGCAGCGUGCACCGCAGCCUGGGCCGCCACAUCUCCAUCGUCAAGCACCUGCGCCACAGCCCCUGGCCCGCCACCCUGCUCCAGAUGGUGCACACCUUGGCGAGCAACGGGGCCAACUCCAUCUGGGAGCACUCGCUGCUGGAUCCGGCGCAGGUGCAGAGCGGGCGCCGGAAGGCAAACCCCCAGGACAAAGUGCACCCCACCAAGUCAGAGUUCAUCCGCGCCAAGUACCAGAUGCUGGCCUUCGUCCACAAGCUGCCCUGCCGGGACGAUGACGGCGUCACCGCCAAGGACCUCAGCAAGCAAUUGCACUCGAGCGUGCGGACGGGCAACCUGGAGACCUGCCUGCGCCUGCUCUCGCUGGGCGCCCAGGCCAACUUCUUCCACCCGGAGAAGGGCACGACGCCAUUGCACGUGGCCGCCAAGGCCGGGCAGAUCCUGCAGGCAGAGCUGCUGGUGGUCUACGGCGCCGACCCCGGGGCGCCCGACGUGAACGGCCGGACCCCCAUCGACUACGCCAGGCAGGCAGCCCAGCACGAGCUGGCGGAGCGGCUGGUGGAGUGCCAGUACGAGCUGACCGACCGGCUGGCCUUUUACCUCUGCGGCAGGAAGCCGGACCACAAGAACGGGCACUACAUCAUCCCGCAGAUGGCUGACAGGGUGCGCCCAAAGUGCAUGGCACAGAGCCUGGACCUCUCCGAGCUGGCCAAGGCAGCCAAGAAGAAGCUGCAGGCGCUCAGCAACCGCCUCUUCGAGGAGCUGGCCAUGGACGUGUACGACGAGGUGGACCGCCGGGAGAACGACGCGGUCUGGCUGACAACCCAGAACCACAGCACGCUGGUGACAGAGCGCAGCGCCGUCCCCUUCCUCCCUGUCAACCCCGAGUACUCGGCCACGCGCAACCAGGGUCGGCAGAAGCUGGCCAGGUUCAACGCCAGGGAGUUUGCCACCUUGCUCAUCGACAUCCUCGGGGAAGCCAAGCGCCGGCAGCAAGGGAAGAGUCUGCUGAGCCCCACAGACGCCCUCGACUACUCUCUGCGGAGCCAGAGCGACCUGGACGACCAGCACGACUACGACAGCGUCGCCUCCGACGAGGACACGGACCAGGAGCUGCUGCGCAACGCCUCCCGCAACAACCGCGCCAGGAGCAUGGACUCCUCCGACCUCUCGGACGGCCCCAUCACGCUGCAGGAGUACCUGGAGGUGAAGAAGGCUCUGGCCGCCUCCGAGGCCAAGGUGCAGCAGCUGAUGAAGGUGAACAACAGCCUGAGCGACGAGCUGCGCCGGCUGCAGCGCGAGAUCCACAAGCUGCAGGCAGAGAACACGCAGAUCCGGCAGCAGACGGGCCCCGCGCACCCAACCCCGGCCCCCAGCGAGCGGCCGGAGCACGGGCACCCCCCGGGCACAGCCCCCCCCCACCGCCGGGACCGCCAGGCCUUCUCCAUGUACGAGCCGGGCUCGGCGCUGAAACCCUUCGGGCAGCCGGUGGAGGAGCUGGUGACGCGGCUGCAGCCCUUCGGCGCCGGCGAGGUGGAGGACGAGGCUCUGUACUCCAUGCACAUCCCGGCCAGCGUGUACCGGAUCCGGAAAGGUCCGUCUGCCUCCUCGGUGCCCUUUCCCCCGUCCUCCCCGCUGCUCUCCUGCCCGCCCGACAGUGCCCGGCACAUGAGCAAGCUGGACCGGCACGGCAGCGGCACUGACAGCGACUACGACAACACGCAGGCGGGUGAGGUCCUGAUCAGCAUGGAAGGGAAGCGGUUCGUGGAGCUGAGCAAGGACGAGGACUUCCCCCACGAGCUGGACCCGCUGGACGGGGAGCUGGACCCCGGGCUGCCCAGCACGGAGGACGUCAUCCUCAAAACCGAGCAGGUCACCAAGAACAUCCAGGAGCUGCUGCGGGCAGCGCAGGAGUCCAAGCACGACAGCUUUGUGCCCUGCUCGGAGAAGAUCCACUCGGCUGUGACGGAGAUGGCAUCGCUCUUCCCCAAGAAGCCGGCGCUGGAGACGGUGCGGAGCUCCCUGCGGCUGCUCAAUGCCAGCGCCUACCGGCUGCAGAGCGAGUGCCGCAAAACCGUGCCGCCCGAGCCGGGGGCCGCCGUGGACUACCAGCUCCUGACCCAGCAGGUCAUCCAGUGUGCCUAUGACAUCGCCAAGGCCGCCAAGCAGCUGGUCACCAUCACCACCCGCGAGAAGAAGCAGUGAGCGCCGGCCCGCACCCCCCC